UAAAUUGUUUUAUCCUAAAUGGACGCGGAACAUAGUGAUGAUUGGGGUGUCGGUGGUGAAUUGGAAUUGGCUCAAGACUUCGAAGUUAUCGAUCUUAAUGAAUUUGAUUCUAGUUGUGGUUACGUUUCGGAAGCAGAUGACUCAACAUAUAUCUCUUCGUUUCUUAAUGGUCUCGUAACUGAUGAAACUCUUUAUUCACGAUAUUUGAAUGGGAUUAUCAGUUUUGAUGAUUUGAUGCGUGAAAUGCACCACUCUACUACUGUGGAUAAUGAUUCUUGCCACAGUAGUGAUUCAGACUGUUCUAGCAAAAACGACGAUUCUGAAUAUUCUACACGACCUAGGAGAUCUAAAAGACGACAAAAUCCUGAUACAGUUGGAAAGAAAAAACUGAAAUUGAGAGGACCACUUAUUUCUAAACGUGCUCGAUUACCAAUUGAGUUAGCACAAUAUCUUGGAGAAGCUGAAAGACAUUUGAACAAUGAUGAAUUUGAACACGCUGAACGUAUUUGCUAUCAGAUCAUUGACACAGCUCCCCAAGCUUCCCAACCAUAUAUUGUUUUGGCCGAAAUUAGUUUUCGUCGUGGGAAUCAAGAAAAAGCCAAAGAAUUUUUAUAUCAAGCUGCUCAGAGAAACCCAUCCGAUAAAAAUACAUGGCUUACUCUAGUGGACUGGGCUGAAGAAGCUGAGGAUUUCCCUCUUGCUAUACACUAUGCACGACAGGCCCUUCGAAGAAAUCGAGCUGAUACAUCAUUACGCCAACGUCUUAUAGACUUAUGUCAUGUAGCUGGUCGAAGCAGAGAGGCAUUACAGUUACGUUUGGCCGCUCUUUCAGUUACUCCGGAGUCGACGGGUGAGAAACAAUUUGAAGUUGCUCGAGAGCUAGCCGAUCAAUUUUUCAAACUACUUGAUCCACACAACUCGGUAAAGGCGUAUGAAAAUGCUUUUGAACAAUACCCAGAUCAUGGAACGGAUAAUGAUCGAAAUUCGGCCUUAUCGAUUUUGUUUCAAAUGAAACGUUAUGAUCAAGCUCUAAAGUUUUUUACUUCCUUCUGUGGUGUCAAACUGUAUUUGAAUUCUGGGGAUUUAUUUGAUAUGGACAGACAUUCAUCGAAGUUGUCGUCUGUGGAGAAAUUUAAAAGAUGUGAAUUCCCUGAUAAUAUGCCUGUUGAAUUACAGUUGAAAUUGUUUCUUAUUUUUGCACAUCUGGGACUUGGCCCAUUAGUCGUGUCCCGUGUUGAAUCAACGUACACAAAUGAAAAUAUUGCAAAAUAUUCUAAUUGGCUUUUGGAUAUCGUUGUCGCUUACAAAGAGAAAAAUUUAUACUCCAUAUCGAUUCAGCUUAUUCUGAAACUCAAAAAGUCAAAUGUUACCUGUAAGUUGGUACAAGUUUGGACAUUACUGGCUGAAUGUUAUUUAGAAGCAGGUGAAACAGAAAGUGCCAUCAAAGCCUAUCGCCAUGUCAUAGAAAAUCUUGAUCCUCGGCAUACCGGCGCACGUCUGGGUCUUGUAAAUCUUCUUAGACGCCUUGGUAGGAAUCAGGAGGCUUUAAAGUUCUUAAAUCCCUCAAAUUUAGUUCAGAAAGGUGUUAAACCCGAAAUAUCUUUGACCGAACAGUGUGAUUUAAUUGUACAGAAAAGAGAAAAAUCUCCAUUGAAAUCCAGUCACAGAUCAACUGUUAGAUCAUUUGUUUCUUCUGACUUACGAAAAACUUCAGUUGUUGGUGACAUCGAUAGCGAUGAAUGUUCUGUUGAGAAAGUUUGUCUAGAUAGCGACUGGCUCGAUGCAUCAGCUAACCUUGUCUCCCGUGAUCAUGUGGCAUACAGAUUAGCCUACGAACGUUGUCGAAUGCUUGAUACACCAGAAAGUGUAGAUUCAUUUUUAGAAGAAGCUUGGGCUUUGCUGUUUAGUGAUGUGACACGUGUUUGCGGACCUAGAUUUACUCAACUUGCCUUAACUCUUGAUAGUGAACAGCAUCGAAAAUUAGUGAUUGACCGACUAGCUUCUGUUGCUCCAGCAUUGACUGAUACAUUAUCUAACCAGAUAGACGCUGAACGCUCAACUACAGAAACAAAUGGUGUAAGCAGCUCAGAUAUUUGGGGAUUAUUUUUGCGUGUUGUGGAUGUGUUACGUGCUCGUUUGCCAAAAUCAUUGCCCCAAUUGGAAACAGCUACUGCAUGGGCUUCUUUAUUACCUCAUGUUCAAGGCAAUGAUCUACGUCGGUUAGCUGCAAGUCAUCUUUUAAUUAGUUCUUCACUUAUUGCACGUCAUGGCACGCCAGCAUUUUUGGAACUACGAAAAAUUCAAAAGCAGUGGAGUGAAUAUAACCAGUAUUGGAAUGUGAUGAAUCUGGCAAUCACUCUUUCACGUGAUUUUAAACAUUGUAGAUUUUUGGAUCGUUUAGUUACUAAAGAUAGUUUGAAUUUGGCUAUCGGUACUAUUGCUAGUAGUGACACUUUGGUUCGAGGUUCAUAUCGUUAUGCUAUUGCCCGACUAAUCAACAUGAGAGAAAAAUUUCCGGACGAUGCACUUCUUACUUUAUUACUCGCUGUUGGCUUCCUAAGUAUGUCCAUGCAAAAACACAUUGGUUCACGUCAUCUUGCUGUUUUACAGGCUGUUGGUUUUCUUGGGGAAUAUAAACGUUUACGUGGUGAUUGUCAGGAGGUUUACUACAAUAUAGCACGUGCUUGUCAUCAACUUUGUAAGUUUACUGGCAUUCUAUUUUCAAAAAUCCUGACUUGAAUACAUAUCUUCAUCAAACGAUAGUAUCAUUCCCCGUGGUGAUGUCCUUCGUUUUCUCAGUCAACUGACUGAUGGUAAUCUGAUGGAUUAUAGAAUGCUCUUUUGUAGCUUUUUUUUAUUAGGAGGAAUUGAGGCCUUUGAUCAUUGGUUGUAAUGUCCUUUACUUGGACACAUAAACGUUUUAAGAGUAAAUUAGUGAUCUUUUUUCAUUCGGCUACAUGAAUACCAUUUUCACCCUUUAUCAGUUGUCUCAUUAUUUUUGUGAUAGUUUCACCAUAAGUAACCAAAAAUUUAAGCAUUUUAUUGAUGUAUGCUUUCACCAUAAAAUCAUAUUUUAAGUUAUAUCUCCUAUUGUUUAUUUUUAUUUCACAUGGUUGUUGGUAUUCUUGCAGCCAUUUAUAAUUUCUUAAUUCAAAAUUCCUUAAUCCCCUAUACAGCUGUAGAGUGUAGUUCUAUUGUAAGGUCACAUACAAAUUAGAAUCUUUGAUUUUAUGACUGGGUACUAUAUGACUAGGACAACGGGUUCAUAGUCCUAACAAUUUUAUUCACCCAAUAGUAAAAAUAGCGAAAUGUAAUUAAAGUUUAAAGUGACUCAUACUUUUCCGACUGAAAUUAUCAUGGAUAUUAAUACAAGUUUUUAAUCUGUACACUUUUCAUAGUUUUUUGGGCGUCUACUUCUGUUUCUAACAAAGGUUUAAGCAGGAGCGUCUCCAUCAUCAUUAUCUGUUUUCUAACGAAACAUUUUAAAAUGAGGUUGUUCGAAGGUACAUUUUACUAACGCAUACUUAAUGUAGUUUGUGUAUGUUUCGGCUUGAGUUAUUUUAAUCUCUGUUUUGUUUAGUUCAAAACUAAAUGUAAAAUAGACAUUUGUAUCUACUAAACAAAGUUCUUCCAAACAGUUAUUUUUGCGUUAUUUGUGGAUAUCAAUGAGUCAAAUUGAAGCAGGUUAUAGUGUUUAUCUUAUAUGGUUUGUUAAAUAGAAAUUUAUUUUUAUAUCUCUUCUCUGUCUGUCAUUGACAAGCAUAUUAAUAUGUUAAUCAGACCACAUCGUUUGUAAACAUUUGCAGGGAAAAUUCACGAGAGAACAGCUUUCAGAUUGAUUAUUUCUUGUUAAACUUAAGAUUUAUUAACGGAUGAACAUGAGCUUAGUUUGUAAAAACAAUAUUAGUUUUCCUACCUCGUCUUUCUGUGGUAUAUUUUAUGGUUGACAUGUAGUUAACUAUCAUCGGUACUGUACUAAAUAGGCACUUUUUUUAAAUUCAGCAAUCACUCAUAUGGCUAUUCACUAUUAUGAAAAAGUUCUUGAUAUGGAGCCUAUUGGAAACAAUCCUGAAGAGAAGUCUCUUACUAAUCUGUAUAAAGAAGCUGCUUUCAAUUUAGCUCUUUUGUAUCGAACUAAUGGGAAUCCAUCAAUGGCUCGUCAUAUACUCCAAAAAUAUGUUGUCAUCUAAUAAUGUGUUUAUAUUUUUUAUGAUUUAUUUACUUUUUACACACAAUAGUAUAUAUAAAAGUCUAACUCAAGCUUUUAAUUUCCCUUAAGAUCUGUUUUAAAUCAA